CUUGAAUGGGUUUAAGCACUCGCUACAUUCUUCAGGCGCAAAAACAUGAUGGCUACGAGAUUCAUACUCUCAAGAGCAAGAACAUCAACUAAAAAUCUCAAUCUCCAUGGUUCCUCACCACUCUCUCAAUUCAUCGGAAACCUCUCCUCCGUCGUUUCCCGAGAAUCCAAUUUCCGCAACCUCAAGAAUCCUCGUCCCGCAUAUUCCAGGAGCAUGGUCUCUGCUUCAAACUACAAUCUCGACCAGGACUCGGCCUUGAGUCUUGAUACUCGUGUUCCAGCCACCGUCAUCACCGGCUUUCUUGGUUCUGGAAAGACUACACUGCUGAAUCAUAUUCUGACAUCUCAACAUGGGAAGCGGAUUGCGGUCAUAGAAAAUGAGUUUGGUGAGGUGGAUAUUGAUGGAUCAUUGGUUGCUAGUCAUUCAUCUGUGAGUGAAGACAUUGUCAUGGUCAAUAAUGGUUGCCUAUGCUGUACUGUUCGGGGUGAUCUAGUUAAAAUGCUGUUGGAGUUGGUUAAGAAAAAACGAGACAAGUUUGAUCAUAUUGUUAUAGAAACCACGGGCCUUGCUAACCCAGCUCCCGUUAUAGAAACAUUUUGUAUGGAUGAAAUUGUUUCAAGACGUGUGAAACUGGAUGGAGUUGUUACUUUGGUUGAUGCCAAGCAUGCAAUGCAACAUUUGAACGAAGUGAAACCAAGAUUUGUGGUGAAUGAGGCAGUGGAACAGGUUGCAUAUGCUGAUCGUAUUAUAUUGAACAAGAUAGAUUUGGUGACCGAGACUGAAUUGGAGGUAUUGACUAACAGAAUCAAGCAUAUCAAUGGGAUGGCGCAAAUCAAGCUAGCUAAAUUUGGAUCUGUGGACAUGGACUUUGUUUUGGGUGUAGGAGGAUAUGAUCUCGAAAGGAUCGAUAGUCAAGUUCAAGUAGAUAGUUCCUGUUCUCCAUCCCAUCACCAUGAAGCUGGACAUGAACACCACAAUCAUCAUCACGACCAUGUACAUGAUUCUACCGUCGCAAGUGUCAGCAUAGUUUAUGAGGGAACCCUUGAUCUUGAUGAGGUGGACGAUUGGCUUGAAAGGUUGAUCGAAGAAAAAGGAGAAGACUUGUACAGGAUGAAGGGUGUCUUAUCUAUAAAUGGUUCUGAUCAACGUUAUGUUUUCCAGGGGGUGCACUCCACAUUGGAUGGGUGCCCAGGCAGUACAUGGGGACCUGAUGAGAAGAGGAUUAACAAGCUUGUGUUCAUAGGAAGGAAUUUGGAUGAAACUACUCUUAGAAAAGGUUUUAGAGGUUGUCUAGUAUGAUGUUCUUAUAGUGGCUAAAUGCGGUGGGGAUCAUAAUGAGUUCAAUGCUUCUUAGUAUCACCGGUGAGUUCAUUCGGAGUUUUGGCAUCAAAUGAUUUACAAUCUUGUUCUUACUCAUGACCCAAACAUGUUUAUGCAGCAUUGAAACUUUUGACAAGGUUUUAUAGUAGUGUUUAUGAUGCCUCUGAAGUUUCAUUUUUUAUUAUUAUUUUUUCUUUUUAAUGGAUUUUUUUAUGUCUACUUUGAUGUGGAGUGUGUUUUCAUAAUAGUGGCGUGUGGGCGUGGCGGUUGAUGAAUCAUAGUGGAUUCAUAUUGCAGAUGUUAAAAUAUCAUUUCUAUUACACAGGUCCCUUAGCAGAUCGUCCAUUGACAUUGUAAACUUGUAGUUUGUAUAUGAAAUUGAUAUGUAUUUAAACUUUAAUAACAAGUGAACAUUUUGUAAAUGACAAUGGCUGCAAUGGGUGUUAUAUUCAAGUUUAGUCACACACAAACACAAU